AUGCAGCGCAACCUACCUAUCUACUCGUUAAAGACCUAUUACCUAUACCUUGCGUUGAAUGGUGAUUCCAUAGUCUGCAGGCGAUGCGAGACACUGUCCAGCCUAGCUACUAAGAGACUGUCUUACUGCGCUCCGCCCAACGAUCUCUUCCCGAGCUCUCACAGGCUGGAACCAGGACCGCCGGCCGGGAAGCCUCCUGACCGGUCUCCGUCUGGAACUUCAUCUGCCCGUGGUAGCGCUCUGCUCCAGCGUGCUGGAGCCACUGACCCAAGCGACGCAAAAAAAAUUUCAAAAAAAUGGAGCUUUUCAUGCUUGAAAAAAACCCAUUCAUCAGAAGACUGUCUGUUCUUAACCCAUGCACCAAAGCCGAGUUUCUACGGGGCUUUCUGUGGGUCUGCCGUCAUUCACGAUAUCAGCUCUAAGCUUCCAGCGAGAAUCCAUCUGGAUAGCCACCGAUACUCCAGCAAGAGUCCCACUCUAACUGCAAUUUAA